AUGAAGCUGUCCGAGAUCUCCAUUCGCCGAAUGGACGCUUUCUUUUGCACCAGAAUUUGGCCUAAGACGGGUAUUAUGACGGAGGACGUGGAUGGUCACGUCUUGGACAAGUAUGAACUGCAAAAACGGCUUGGUAAAGGUGCUUACGGUAUUGUUUGGAAAGCGAUUGAUCGCCGAACAAAGGAUGUAGUCGCCUUGAAAAAGGUGAUUUUUUCAAUUUUCAAUCAGUGUUUUCAAUGUUUUUUGACAUUUUUCAAGUUUCUAAAGAUCAUAGGCAGAGGAUUGAGGGGGUACUAUGUGAACUUAGCGGUUCCCCCCUCUUCUGAUUCCGGAAGUUUGUCAUAG